GAGAGUACCCAAGCGAGCACCUUUGGCAAGCGCUCUCAUCGGGUUUCCGCAGAGGUUUUUCGACUUUGGUCUUGUUUUUACUCCUUCCUUCUCCGCCUUUUUAGCCCCGAUUAUCGGAUCUCAGAGAAACCUGUGCGCGUAUGCGUGUGUGCGGUUCGCUGGCCGCCCGUCCCGCCGCUAAGUCCGUUCGUACGUUUUCUACCUGUUUUUCUUCUGCUCUUGCGCGGCUGCCUAUUCUCGAACCGGGCAAAUGACGUUUUACGCUGGGCGCUACCGUCCGAUUCUCCCAGAUGACUGCUUUUUAUAGAAAGUGCUGGGCCCUACGUGAACGAGGUAGGCCUGCCUCGCCGACUCUAAUGUGCUACUGUGCGUGAAACACUACGUACCCGGCCCCUUCUACUACUAGUCUGUCGCGAUCGUGAGUGCCCGACCCCGACGUUCGCCCUCGGAAACGAUCUUCCAGCAAGCGAAAGAAGACCGCCGCUCUCAUCGGCAGCCAGGGCUCGGAAGGAAUUCUGCUGGCUCGUUGCAAUGGAAACAAGCCGGACGGAGCUGUUCAUGUGCUUCGCUUAAACUCUACCUUCGCUUUGGGGUUUUCGAAGUGCAGCCGCUGCAGUUUCCGCGACAGGAUUUUCGCAAGAUGUCUUUCGUUCGUGCCGUGACCAUGGCUUUGCCGUGCGUGUGCUCAUUUACUCGCUGCUGUGCGGUCUACAAAUGACUUUGUGCGUGUCGCAGGGUUAAUGGUUGUCUACCGAAAGGAUUCCGCCAAGGUGGAGACCGAGAUCGCAGCCACCACGGCUACCCCGGCUGAAAACGGGUCGGUGACGGCGUCGGAUGAGGCCGAUACCAUGAAGGCCGGUGUCCUGCCCGGGGACGUGAUUCCGCCCACUAUAGUAGGGGGCGGGGCACCCCCACAGCAGGCACUAGUGUUCUCACCGGCGGACGUGCCGCCGCCCAAGCCCGGGGUUCCGCGAGCCAUCCUGACUUGCCGGCCCAACUCGCACCCAUUUCCGGAGCGAGUGCUCAACCUUGACCAGCCUGCCAAGGUUGGCCGGUCAGUGGCUCGGUGCCGGCAGGCGCCCAACAACGCCAUCUUCGACUGCAAGGUGCUCUCGCGAAACCAUGCCCUUCUCUGGUAUGAAAAUGGAAAAUUCUAUCUGCAAGACACCAAGAGCAGCAAUGGUACCUUUGUCAACAACCAGCGCCUAAGCAAAGGAUCUGAGGAGUCGCCAGCCCAAGAAGUAUGCUCCGGUGACAUUGUACAGUUCGGUGUCGAUGUAGUGGAGAACUCUAGGAAAGUGACUCAUGGGUGCAUUGUGGCCACACUGCGGCUUUUCCUGCCCGACGGGAAAGAAGCCAAAGCAAGCCCUUCCACGGCACUUAUUCCUGCUGGAGCUGGGACUUCAAUCACUACUCAGGAACUCUAUCAGCUGUCUCAGUGCAUCCAGGAGGCAUUGCACAGGGAGCAAGUUAUCCAGAACAAAAUGGCCACACUUCAGCGAGUUGUCAACAGCACCCAAGAAGCCAGCGAGAACAAUUGGAAGGCCAUGAUCGAAGAAGAUCGCCUGCUCAACAGGAUUGAAACGCUUGAAGCACAGCUGCAAACAUGUGCUAAGUCAACCACUGAUGACAAGUUGAGAGAAGAAAUAGCUCGGCUACAGAAGGAGCGGGAGAGGUACGAAGACACUGCAAAGGAGUCCUUGAAGAAAGCAUUGCAGGAAAAGCUGGAAGCCCUUCGACGUGUACAGGAGCUGGAGUACACAGCCUCCAAUAGUGAGGACGAGUGUGCUCGACUGCGAGAAGUCUACGAAGCAGCUCAGAAAGAGAUUGGGGCCCUGGCAACCCGUACUGAUAAGCACCAAAAGGAAAUAGUGCAGCUGCAGACCCAGCUCAAGGAAGCCGAGGAGUUAAAUCAGGCGAUGACCGAGGAGAAAACAGCUCUGGAAAAUCAAAUCCAGGAACUUCAGAAAGCUGAACAGGUUCUUGCAGCAAAAAUCGAGUCUCUUCGAGCAGACAAUGAUUUUGCUAAGGAACAAUUGUCAGCCAUGAAAGCUCGCUUUGAUCAAGUGAAGAAAGCGCAGUACAUUGAAGAUGGCUUGGACACGUUGAAUUCCAAGGAAAACAUGCCAAACCAUGAUGACUCAAAGGAUUCUGGAGAAGUGUUCUUUGAAAAGAGCCUUGCUGAUGAAAGCAUGAAAGAGUCUCCAACGCAACCAGAAAAAGAAUCUGAGCUGUCAGGAAGCAAGGAACUGGAAAUCAGCCUGAACUCCACUUUGGAGACAACUAUAAUAGAAAAAGAAAUGACGCAGCGUGUGCUGUCAAAUGAACUCCAAGCUAAGGUCUGUGAACUGGAAGAACAGUUGGAACAGCUACAUAGCUUGGAGGAUAAAGGAAGGGAUGAGAAUCAGCGUAAUGUUGAGGAACUGCAGGCUGAAAUUGCUCGACUUCGGGAACUAUUGACUGAAUCUCGUGAGAAGAUAAAUGCUGCACAGCUUGAGCUCGCUGCUAUGAAAGAAGCACAGCAGAUGGCGAAGACAAGGCAGGCUGGCACAGAGGAGCUGCCACCUCCGGAGCUGUCUGAAGAAAAGUCUGCGCUGAUGGCUCAGCUGUCUGCAGCAUGCAAGCAGGUUCAGGACCAGGUGUGCCAGAUUGCCAGGCUGCAAGGAGAGCUGUCGCAGUCUGAACAAUCGCUGAGCGAGCUACGAGAACAGUUCAACGCCCAGCGGCAACAGCUGGCUGAACAUGAGCGGCACAGACGUUUUGGUGAAGAAGAGCUUAGCAGUUUAGAGAAUCUCCUCGAAGAGGAAAGGAAGGCCCGGAGUCGGACAGAAGCCGCGUCAGAGGCUGUAAAGAAGCAACUUCACGAGGCCCAGAACAGCGCCAGGCAGCACCAGAAUGAAGCGGAACAUCUAAGGAGAAGUUCAGAUUCCCUGCACCAAGAGGCCCAGAGUACGAGGCAUCAGCUCCAGGAGUCGGCUGAGGAGCUGGCCCUGCUCAAGGAAAAGUACUCGGUGUGUGCCCUGGAGAAAGCACAGCUUCAGCAGGAGUUGAAGGCUGUCAGUGACGAGCGCCAGCUGCUGCUGUACCAGUCUAAGGCGACAUCGGCCUGCUCAAUAAUCCCGCUGUGCAUCCUCGUGCUGGCCGUUCUGUUGGGCUUUUACCCAACGCUCUCCUACUUCACAGCCACGGCCGAGACUCCUUGAGGGCAUCGGCCAAUGGUGCCAGGGCUUUCUCAAGCAAUGCUCGCGUGUGCUUCUGUCCUGCCUACGUCAUUGCCAUAAGACGACAGACAGCGAGAAGCAUCUUAAGCCUGAGUCAGCAGUUUUUUGUUUUCUUCUGGUUGUGACCUUGCACAGUGAAGACACAGCUUUGAGGACAUGCUUCCCCACGGGUCCAUAGGCAGCUUCGACGUGCUCCGGCGGUGUGCGUGUGUGUGUGCGUGCACAUAUGUGUGCUAGCGGUUUUUGAAGCAAGCGCUAACGUUGGUUGCUUUCAAAACGCUUGUCCGUCGUACAGAAUUGGCUUGCCUACCCCACCCCCUCUCCACUGUAAGUACAAACCCUUUACUUAGGUCUCGCACUACUAGGUUGUCCCGGCUUAUUUUAUUGUUGUGUGGCCAUUUUCAAGCACCUUCUCAAAACCACCGGGUGAGUUUUCAUUUGUGUAUGACAUGUCGGUGUGACUUGUUGCCGCAGCGGAGACUCUGAUUAGUUUGUGUGUUCAGAAGGCAGCGCAUUAGGCUCGAAGCCCUUGAUUACACUGUCCUGGUGCAUCACCUGAAACGUCGUAUCGCUUAUGGAAUGGACUCUCCACACCUUAGAGGGGCCUCCAGCUUUGCUACUUGCCUGGUAUUUCUUUUGUGUUUGUGUGUACGGGCACUCGAUUUGCAAGUUGAAAUGCACUACAUCUCUCCACCAGAGCCACUACCACUGUUUGAAAGUGCGUAAUUCUUGUGUUUCAGGCAUUUAAAAAGCUCCUAUUUUUGUGUUUGCUAGAUGUAGGCUGCUGCAAAGACUUUUAAGUAAACAAAAUUGCCGAAUGCAAUGCUGCUAACCUGUCUCAGCCUCAAAGUUUUGUUUAAUGCAUAGAAAAUAAUUCAUUCUCAGAUUCUUAAGCACUUUAAAUGUUAGUUCACCAAAACCUUAUUGAUAAAACGGGCCCCACUUUGUUGUCGAGGUGCUGACGUGGUUUGUUUAUGGCAUUUUGGCUUGCUGUAUGCAGUGAUAUAUAUUUACUAUAUUUACUACUGUUUACAAUACAACAGGUGCUGUGUAUCAUUUAUGUGCACAGAUUUGCACAAUCUGGCUCGUAUGACGUAUGGGCUUGUGCAGGAAUUUAGUUUGGGAGCCAUGUUAAAGGUAGAUUGUAAAUUUGCAGAAGAAAAAACUGCAUUGGCAAAUAAGUUUACUGCCCUCUUCAUCGCAAUGCUUGCUCAGUAUUCUGUGGCCUCACGACAAGGCACAAAGCUGACGCUGUCAAACGAAAUAGGAGUAAGAUUUGCAUUGUGCUUUCAUUCAACAGGCCACAUUGCAUUCAGCAUGUGAUACUUGUUUUCUCAGUGGGUUAACUUCCUGUGCCCUAAAAGCGUGAACUUAUUGAGUAUACUUCACUUGCAAUUUAUAUAGGGCUCUAAAGUCUUGCUGUAAAUUAUGCUAGCUUCUAGAACUGUUCAUUUCUGUAUAGUUAUAACAGAACAAUGAAUGUUGCCAGCAGUCAUUGGUGUUUCUUUUCUUUUUUUUUAGCGUGUCUCAGUGUCUUAUUUUGGCAGAGAUAUGCCAGGUGCCUAAACAGCCCUCAGGCAUUCAGGCCCUCGCAAGUCCCUUAACGAGUACAAUUUAUGUCUGUUGAAUGCUGCGCGAAUGCUUGGUUGCUGGCAACGACCCCAGUAGCACUUUUUCUGUUGCUUAAUUAAGCAGUGCUGUUUCAUGGAAAGGUCACACCCGCAUGUAGAUACAGAUUUGACUCCCCAAUGUGCCUGUACAUAGUAUAUCGAUCUGUAGAGAUGGAAAAGGACUGUCAAGUGCCAUCAUAUUUCUCAGUGCUAUCAGUUUUUGUACAGAAAAGAAUACAAUACACACACAGACACGUGGACUUGUAACAUAGAAUAACAAAGCUUUAGCACUAGCUGUGUCACUUUUUUUUUUUUAACUGCAGCAUUGCUUUGUACCUGGACUUCGAGGUGCAACCAUUCUCUUAGGCAUUGUGUAGUAGCAGUGUCUGUGUAUAUUGUUGUCUGAAAGAGGCCGCCUGCUUUGGCUUACCGGCAGCAAGCCCCCUACUCUGCCUGCUUACAGCUGCACUUGUCUGGCUAGGUUGAUUAAGUUAGUUGAGGUGGUUAAGAUUCCGUGAAGACUUGCAACUGUCAUGACUUUGUUAUUACAGCAAUACCUCAUCGAUUUAAAGUAGUUCAGGCAGUAAAAAUUGUCUGUACUGCUUUCUAAGUUUUUAGGUUAUCUGUUAGGAAAAGUAAAUUGGUAGAGGCAUGAAACCAUUAUUGGAAGUGUAAUGUUGAAGGAAUUCUAAGAUUGCCACUUGAGCGCCCCUAAUAGUGAAGCCAUACUAUUGAAAUGCUAUGUCAUCGUGAAAAUUCCAUGCCUCUGAAGAAUGGAACAAGCAAAGGACCAACUAGAUUAGCAAACUACUUAGAUCUAAACCAGGGCAACAUGGCAUCAAUGCUAACCACAUGUAUCUUUUAGAUUUAUAGUGUCAUACGCUAUUUGUUUGAGUCCAUGAUCAGGUUAGCACACCUGGCAUAAAAGGCCUUCUAAGGAGAGACACUAGUAAUCUCAGUGGGACCUCUGAACCUUGAGUUAUUUUAAUUGGAGUGAGUAGAGGAGACACUAUAUCCAAUGAGUUGUCAGUCACAGUGUCCCAAUUCUUUUGCUGGAGAAUGUAUAUCUAUGCGUGGGCACAAAAAUUGAGUUGUACAAUAUUUCAGUGAUGUUAUAUUGCUAACGUUUUGCUCUUUUCAUAGCUAAAGAAUGUGCAGCUUUAGUGAGCGCUUACUAACAGCACUAGUCUAAACUGUGCAAUAAUUUGAAAUUUCUGCCUCCGCUGGAAGAUAAAGUGCAAAGCCAUGAACUCAUUCGAGAGAACCGUUGCUUUCAGUGUGUGGCUUGCACCAGAUGUUUCUGUUCUUGCCGAGUUAAAUGUGCUUAGCUGCGCUGAAGCACCUUCACGUGAAGUGUAGUUGGCAAGGCUCGGCAGGUUGGGUGGGCUUGGUGCUUGCCAAAGGUGAGAAUGGACAAAGUUUGUGUAAAGCCACUGCUGGGCUCCCUUAGUCACUGAAGAGGGGAAGCCUGUGGCAAGUACUGUAGACUUACUGGUUGUCAUUCCCACUACUACUUCUAGCUUCACUGCUGAAUGCAGCAGUCAGUGUGCUUGUGUUGAAAUGACCUGCUACAGGCGCUUUCAUUUAUUGCUUCCUGUUUCCUUUUAUAAUUUAUGCAAAUUAACCAAUCAGUGCCCAGUUGCGAUUUGCAGUGUUGUUGCCAAGGUUGUGUUGUUUAAGAAUGUGUGUUCUGUUUUGCUCCGUUCUUGCCACCUCCCUCACCCUGGCAUUAGAGUUAACUUGGCCAUAGGUUGGUUAGGUAACAUAGCUUGACGUCUGCGAGGAAGUAACUUAGCUGACGCAUUUUGCCGGUGUUCUUAGCUUUUUUUUUUUUUAUUCUGUCUGUGAUUUCAAUGCUUUGAAGUUGAUGUUAGUUCAUGUAUGUUUCAUAUAUAUAUAUAUAUUCUUUUUUUUUUUGGAACAAGAGCAGUAUUUGUGUUCCCCUUUCUGUUUUAUGUUGCCUCUUUUUGUAAUAUAAUGUUCAUUUCCCUUCCUUGUAAAAGAUGUGCACUUAAGAGCUCAGUCUGCUUUAAGUGAAAGUUAAAGCAUUACUCUAUAAUGCAGCCAGCAGAAAAGCUGAAUAAAGUUGUGUGAAGAAACCUG